AGUUUUCGUCAGAUUAUUGUAGUACUCCCGUAUCGACAGUUUCAUUUCUUUCGGGAGUGGUGUUAUUAUACCAACAUGCUUUCAUGUCGCUUCUUUCCGCUGUUCUUGCUUCUCGCCUUCAUCGUUAUAACGACCGGAAUAAGCCCUUCUUCAUAUCUAUCCGGCGAAGAUAAAGCCCGGCUGAAGAAGGUGUUCGAUCAUGCUUGGGCCCAGAAGGAUUUGUCGAAUGUUCAUUAUUCGCUAGCUGGAUACAACUUGUUGGGCAUCACUGAUGUCCCCGAUGCACCGAAUACGUGCAAGUUCCUCCAGUCAAACCUUGAAGCGGUCACCGAAGUCGAGGCUAUUUUCCACGCCUUUUCCGCCGCUGCGGGAUUGAAGAGCUGUCCAUUGAAGCUUUCAGCUAAUCAGAAACAAUUGCUCAGUAACACGUUGCAGUCUGAAGAGACCUCCGUGCACAACAUUUUCCAAGCAUUCGAGGCCUCGAAGUUGUCAGGCACCCCCGUGGAUGAAGCGAAGUUGAUCAAAUCUCUGACAUCCGCACUGAAGAAGGAUGACAAUCUCCUGAAUUUGGGACUGAGUUUCCAUGUAGCAGCAAAAUUGGAAUCGGAUCCGAAGCAGUUCUUUGAAAGGAUUGAAGACGCGAUUGUUCAAGCUGAUGAAGUCGACGGGAAAUUUCUGCAAUUCGAGGGUGGUCUCAGUAUCACUGGAAUGAUCAUUAGUGGAGCUUAUAAUUUGGCUGCAAAAAUGAAGACCCCGCCUGCUAUCACUCCGGACCAAGCUGUGAAGUUCGCCAACUAUUUCCUCAGUCGCAAAUCAGUCCAAACUGCCAAAGGAGCAUUCUAUCUUCUUGACGCCAUGAAAGUCUUGACCGUGAAUAAUUUCCAUGUUCCUGUGUCUGUGACAUUGGCAAGUUCAUUGUCAAUCAGAGAUGACACCCCAUGGCUUCGAAUUCGGGUCACCAAUUUGCUCGGUGAAGCCCUAGGACCGAUGAAAGUAGUCGCUGAAUCAACGAAACGUCUUCAGGACAAUGCUGUUGUCAUGUCUCAGACUCCCUUCGCUACAGUACAGGGUGAUCAGACCUUGUAUGAGUUGAACAUGAUGAAGACGAGCAUGACACGUGGAUUUUACCAGCUGAGUGUCAAAGUGGAUCCGGAAAAGGAUGGAGAGAAGUUUGUAGGCAACUCGGGUGCUAUCAUCACUGUGAAAGUUAUGAGUGAAAUGACACUGGAUCCACUCGAGUUGUGGGUCACCGACGCCGAUGGUUCAGUUGCAUCUAAUGUUCUCAAGGCUACGUAUCCGAAUAAGGUUGGAUCCGUCCUCGAAGCUGAUGAUCACCAGAAAGUGAUGGCAAAGUUCGUUGUCAAGGACAAGCGUGGAGGUGCGCCUUUAGUCGCUCAUCAAGCAUUUGUUCGACUGAAUAGAGUUGGAACCUCCGAAGAAGUCAUCUUUGUCGCUGAACCGGAUUCUUCGUCAAAAUCGUACAAAUUUGAUCUGGAUGUUGGAGCAAAGGAGAAGACUUUUGGACGACAAUCGGGAUUAUACACGAUGCAUUUGAUCAUCGGCGACGCGACUAUUUCGAAUCCGAUCGAAUGGGAAUUGGGUAAUGUCAACUUGGAAUUCCGGUCUGGGUCUGGUGAUCAGGUGAAGAAGUCUAAGUUUGACGAAUACAAGUCGAAGCCGGAAAUCAAACACAUGUUCCGUGAGCCGGAGAAACGUCCCUCCGAUGUCGUCGCCAACGCGUUUUCAUUGUUGGUUUUGGUUCCCUUGGUUCUAUUGUUGGCAUUGUGGAUGAAAUUGGGAGUGAAUUUGUCCAAUUUCCCUCUGAGUCUCGGCGCCGUCGGCUUUCACAUCGGUCUCGGCUGCAUCUUCGGACUCUACUACGUGUUCUGGGUGCAACUGGACAUGUUCACAACGAUCAAGUACCUGUUUGGUCUGGCCAUUGUCACGUUCUUGUGCGGGAAUUCGGUCCUGGCCAAGGUUGCCGACGAGAGGAAGAAGGCUGGAGCAGCAGUGGAUCCCGUUGCCUCGAAGCCAGGCAAAGUGGGGCAUUAAGGCGACCGUCGUUGUUUUCUCCAUUAUUUGUUGCGCUUUGUUUCUUUCAUCUCGUGUUUUCUGGUUUGUUUUCCUUCGUGGGGAAGUUGACCGUGUGAGUGCGCGUGUUGUGAGCCAUUGUUUUUUUUUUUUCAUAGGUCAUAGUUUUCUUCCUGUGAUAUUUAUGUUGAGAUUGGGGAGUCGCUGUUGCUGCGAGACGGUGUUGUUUUUUUUUUCUCGGUCUAUUUCAUGCUUUGCACUCGUGUAAAAGAACCAGUGUGUUUUUUUUUUUCUGGGUUCUGCUGCAGAUAAUUGAAAGAUUCAUUCCUUGUGAGGGGUGAGUUGAAUAACAGAGUUUAUUCGAGGAUGCGAUCCUCGCACACACA